ACUGUCAAAACAGAAAAUUUUUCACCGCUCUCGGAGUGACUCCUGUCAGCGCUUCAAAUAUUCGCGUAAAAAUCGUGCAAAAAUCGCCAUUUACCAGCCAAAAAUAUCACCCAACCGUGCAUUCCGUGUCCGCGCACCCGUUACGCGUGAAUUUCACUGAAAUCGAGUGAAAUUCCGCCUGAAAUCGUCAUUUCUUUCUAGCGGCCCGCCGCGCUGCGUCGGUCAUCGGCCGAUGAGCCGUCAACUUUGAAAAGGCUUUUCCGCGGUUCGGUUGUGUGGGUGGGCCCGAAGGCCUCUUGUUUUGCACGCUUCACACACGAUUCGCCGGCCGGCUGAUUUGUUGGUAAACAGCAGUCAGCUGGGGUUUGUUUGUAGCUAUGACGGACAGCGAAAACGAGAACGACCCCGACCAGGACGGAGAUCACGAGGGUGGGGAGUUGAAUUUGGCCGGGUUUUUGUUUGGGAAUGUGGACGAACAUGGUCGGUUGGAGAAUGACUUUCUGGACGAGGAAGCGAAGAUGCACCUGUCGUCGCUGUCGAGGAUGGGUUUGUCCUCGUUCCUGGCGGAUGUUCUUACGGACGGUACGGAGAAGCCUCAGCAGCAGGACAGCGACAGCGAUGAUUCCUCUUCGAGCGAUGAUCGGCGGUACGACGAUCCGGAUGAGGACAACGCAAAUUACCGAGUCAAGGCGGAAGACGCCGUUGAUUAUUCGGAUUUUAACGAACUAGCUGAGGAGCUGCCGGAUGCGCCACCGGAGCCAGCGUCUCGCGAUGAUGAAGAUUACGAUGAUAUUGAGGCGGCCAUUCCGGUGAGCAAGGUGGACGCAAAGGCGGAAAGAAGCGCCAAAGGAGAGGUUGAUAGCGACGAUGAAGGUUCCGGGGUGGAUGAUAAGCAGUUGAUGCCACCGCCGAGCGCGCCAGUCAGUGGUGCUGAAGAGAUUUCAUCGGAACGACCGAAGGUAGAGCGAAAGUUGGACACUCCACUGGCGGCGAUGUUGCCGUCAAAGUAUGUCGAUGUGGAUGUACGGGAGUUGUUUCCGGACUUUCGACCCGAUAAGGUUCUGCGCUUUUCGCGUCUGUUUGGUCCGGGGAAGAUUUCCAGUUUGCCGCAGAUUUGGCGCAGCGUUCGGCGACGGCGUAAGAAGAAGCUUCAGAAGCACAAAACGAAGGAUGGUUCGGACUCGACGUCGGACUCGGAUGAACCCAGGAGGAGGCAGGGCUACAAUUUGGUUUAUGCGCCGAUUCCGUCCCGCGACCAUUGGGCCUCGGACGAUGAGGACAAGUUGUUGAGUUUGUCACGCGAGGAGGAGAAAGAAGAGAAACAAGAAGUUGAUACGAGUGGUGAUUCCAAGCCGAAGGUCGCCGAUUGGCGAUUUGGUCCUGCGCAAAUCUGGUACGACAUGUUGAACGUGGCGGAAACUGGAGAAGACUUCAACUACGGCUUCAAACAGACUGACGCCCAAGAAGAGGUCACAAUCAAGGGAGAACCCAUUCCGGACGACGCUUUUCUGAUGGUGUCUCAGCUGCACUGGGAAGAUGACGUCGUUUGGGACGGGAAUGACAUCAAACAUAAAGUGCUUCAGAAGCUAAACUCAAAAAUCAACGCAGCUGGAUGGCUUCCGUCGAGCGGAUCGCGAACUGCCGGAGCAUUUAGUCAACCCGGAAAGAGUCUUCCGGCGUCACCUGCCGUAUCCGGUUCGAAGCAGGGUCAGGGCAAGAUGAGCAAAGCUCAGAUGAUUAUCGCCGCGGCUCAGAACAAGCAACAGCAGGAAGAGUCCGACGAUACCUGGUACAGCAUUUUCCCCGUGGAGAACGAAGAACUCGUCUACAGCAAGUGGGAGGACGAGGUCAUUUGGGACGCGGAAGCGGUUGGCAAAAUACCUAAGCCAAAGGUACUAACGUUGGAUCCCAACGACGAGAACAUCAUCCUCGGCAUUCCGGACGACAUUGAUCCUUCGAAGAUCGUCCGCAACACGGGACCAACUCCGAAGGUCAAAAUCCCACAUCCCCACGUCAAAAAGUCCAAAAUUCUCCUCGGCAAAGCCGGUGUCAUCAACGUCCUCGCCGAAGACACUCCACCGCCACCGCCAAAGAGUCCCGACCGCGAUCCCUUUAACAUCUCCAACGAUUCGUACUACAUGGCCAAGUCCUCGGAAGCGACGCUCAAGCUCAAAGUCGGCGGUGGAAACCUUCUGCAACAUUCCACGCCCGUCGUCGAACUUCGCGCGCCCUUCGUUCCGACCCACAUGGGUCCGAUGAAGCUGCGGAUGUUCCACCGGCCGCCCAUGAAGAAGUACUCCCACGGAGCGCUGGCCACGAUCAACCCACAGCCGGUGCUGCCACUGCUCAAACACAUCAAGAAAAAGGCCAAACAGCGCGAACUCGAGCGAAUCGCGUCCGGAGGUGGCGACGUUUUCUUCAUGCGUGCCCCGGAAGAUCUGUCCGGCCGGGACGGCGAGUGCGUGCUGGUCGAGUUCUGCGAGGAACAUCCCCCUCUCAUGAACCAGGUCGGCAUGGCCACCAAAAUCAAAAACUACUACAAACGCAAAGCCGCAAAAGACGCCGGACCGGUGGAGUUCCGGUACGGGGAAACCCACUACGCGCACACCUCCCCCUUCCUCGGAAUCCUUCACCCCGGCCAUUGCAUCCAGGUCGUCGAGAACAACAUGUACCGUGCGCCAAUCUACCCGCAUAACGUCAACGAAACCGACUUUCUCGUCAUCCGUACUCGCAACAGUUACUUCAUCCGAGAAAUUGACGCCCUGUUCACCGCCGGCCAGGAAUGUCCGCUGUACGAAGUGCCCGGACCCAACUCCAAGCGCGCCAACAACUUUGUGCGCGAUUUCCUCCAAGUCUUCAUCUACCGCCUGUUCUGGAAGAGUCGUGACAACCCGCGCAAGAUCCGUAUGGACGACAUCAAGAAGGCAUUUCCGGCGCACUCGGAGAGCAGCAUCCGGAAGCGGUUGAAGCAGUGCGCCGACUUUAAGCGAACCGGCAUGGACUCGAACUUUUGGGUCAUCAAGCCCGAGUUCCGGCUGCCGUCGGAGGAGGAAAUCCGCGCGAUGGUCUCGCCGGAACAGUGCUGCGCGUACUUUAGCAUGAUCGCAGCCGAGCAGCGGUUGAAGGACGCCGGUUACGGUGAGAAGUUUAUUUUUGCCCAGCAGGAGGACGACGACGAGGAGAUGCAGCUCAAGAUGGACGACGAAGUAAAGGUGGCGCCGUGGAACACGACCCGGGCGUACAUCCAGGCGAUGAGGGGCAAGUGUAUUCUGCAGCUGAACGGACCGGCGGAUCCGACCGGGUGUGGCGAAGGAUUUUCGUACGUCCGGAUGCCGAACAAGCCGACGCAGCAGAACAAGGAGGAAAUCGAAAGUCAACCGAAACGAACCGUCACCGGUACGGAUGCGGAUUUGCGUCGUUUGUCGCUGAACAACGCCAAGGCUCUGCUGAGGAAGUUCCAGGUGCCGGAGGAGGAAAUUAAGAAGCUGUCCCGUUGGGAGGUUAUCGACGUCGUGCGGACGCUGUCCACGGAAAAGGCGAAGGCAGGGGAGGAGGGAAUGGACAAAUUUUCGCGCGGUAAUCGGUUUUCGAUUGCGGAACACCAGGAGCGGUACAAGGAAGAGUGCCAACGUAUCUUUGAUCUGCAGAACCGAGUGCUGGCCUCGUCGGAGGUGCUAUCGACGGAUGAGGGAGAGUCGACGGCGUCAGAGGAGUCCGACUUGGAGGAGUUGGGUAAGAAUUUGGAGAACAUGUUGGCGAAUAAGAAGACGUCGACGCAGCUGUCGAUGGAGCGAGAGGAACAGGAACGGCAGGAGCUGCUGAGGAAGAUCAUGGAGGAGCAGGGAAGUUCGAAGGGAGGACGCGGGAAAAAGGAUGACGAUUUGAAGGAUAUUCCACCGCCGAUGACGUCGAAGAUUUUGAAAAUUACUCGAACGUUCAAGAACUCGGAAGGUCGCGAGUACACCCGGGUGGAGAUUGUUCGCCGCUCGCCGGUGAUUGAUGCGUACGUCAAGAUACGAACGACCAAGGAUGAGGGCUUUAUCCGGCAGUUUGCCACGCUGGACGAGGCCCAGAAGGAGGAGAUGAAGCGCGAGAAGCGUCGUAUUCAGGAGCAGCUGCGACGAAUCAAGCGAAACCAGCAGAAGAUUGGCAUGAUGCAGCAGGUCAACCAGCAGCACUCGGUGGGAACACCAAUCAGUCUGGGCGAUCGGGAGACGCCGAGUUCCAAGUCCAGUACGAGCCUGUCGACGCCGAAGGAGAGUCACUCCAAGGAGCACAGCCCGUCGUCGCGCAAGAAGGUCAAGUUGAAGCCGGAUUUGAAGCUCAAGUGUGGCGCUUGCGGUCAGGUUGGCCACAUGCGAACCAACAAGGCUUGUCCGCUGUACACGGGCACGAUUCCGACGCCCUCGUUGACGGUGGCCAUGACGGAAGAGCAGGAGGAGGAGAUCGAGAAGGAGCUGAACGCGGACGAUGAGGAUCUGGUGAACGUGGACGGUACGAAGGUCAAGCUGAGUGGAAAGUUGUUGAAACGGCACGAGGACGUGAAGCGGAGGACGCUCCUGUUGAAGGUUCCGAAAGACGCGGUUGGAAAGAAGCGAAGGCGCGUCGGAGGUGAUGCCAACUGUGACUACCUGAAGAGGCACAACAAGACGGCGAACAGGAGACGCACGGAUCCGGUUGUGGUGCUGUCAUCGAUCCUCGAGCAAAUCCUGAACGAAAUGCGUGACAUGCCGGAUGUGGCCCCGUUCAUGUUCCCCGUAAACGCCAAGCAGGUGGCGGACUACCACAAAAUCAUCCAGCGACCGAUGGAUCUGCAAACGAUUCGGGAGUACAUCCGCCAGAAGAAGUACCAAACGCGGGACGAGUUCAUCGCCGACGUCAACCAGAUCGUGGAGAACUCGUCGCUGUACAACGGAGCCAAGAGCUCGCUGACAAUCGCCGCCCAGCGGAUGCUGCAAAAGUGCAAAGAUCGCAUGGCCGAGAAGGAAGAGCGGCUGACGCGGCUGGAGAAGAGCAUCAACCCGCUGCUGGACGACGACGAUCAGGUCGCGCUCUCGUACAUGCUGGGUGAGUACGUGAACGGUCCGCUGAAGGCGAUGCCCGAGAGUUGGCCGUUCCUGAAGCCGGUCAACAAGCGACUCGUCAAGGACUACUACACAAUCAUCCGGAGGCCGAUGGAUCUGGAGAAGGUCUCGAAGAAGGUGGCCACCCACAAGUAUCACUCGCGGGUCGACUUUAUGCUGGACAUGCAGCUCAUCGCGGACAACUGCGAGACGUACAACGGGGCCGAGGCGAACUUUACCAAGCAGGCGCGGCACAUGGUCGAGGUGGUCCGGCAGGCGCUGGAUGCGAUGGACAACAUGGGCCAGCUGGAGCGGAACAUUGCGCUGGUACAGGAACGCGCCCGCAACGAAGCGGACAUCGAGUGGGAAGACGACGAGCGGGACUCCAAGGGAUCGCGCGACACUUCACCGGAGUUUGGCGAGGGGGACACGAGCAACCUGGAGCGACCUUCGUCCUCGCUGUCGAUGACCUCGGGCCGUCCCGGACCCAGCGGGUUGGGCAAAAUGAGCGAGAAGCGUAGCCGGGGACGGCCACGCAAGAUGCAGCACGAAGAAGAGUUUCCCGGCUCGACGAUGUCGCACGCGAUGAACAUGAUGUUGCUGAAGCGAUCCCGCGGUCGUCCCCGGAAGGACGGGUUCGAUGACCACCAUCACCAUCACCACUCGGUUGGUCGCGUUGGCUCCGAUGGAGUUGGCAUCCCGAUGAGUGCGUCCACUCCGUCACUCGCCAGCGAUCCGUCCGCUUCGGCGUUCGAGAUGAACUGGACCAGUGCGUACGAUGGUGGGAACCGGUUAACCGAUACUAACAAUCCGUUCGACGAACGGUACGGUCACAACAGCACCGUCGGUGGUGGUUUCAAUUUACCCGGGGAAUCAGGGCUUUUCGGGCGCGUCAAGCGAGGUCGCGGACAGUACUCGACGGACGACGAAGAGUUCGAGGAGGUGCUGGACCAAUCGAACGCCCAAUCCUCCUCGUCGAUGAUGCUGCCGCCGCACGAAGGAGAAGGCGACAGCCAGCAGGCGGCCGAAGCCAUGGUUCAGCUCAGCGGAACAUCCCAGCAGCAGCAGUACUUUACCCAAACGGCGGAGGAAUCGAUGGAGAUUGAUCCCAACUACGAUCCGAGCGACUUUCUAGGAAUGUCCAACCGGCAGCUCGACUCGGUCGAUGGAGGAGGCCAGAUGGCGGUCGUGGACGAUUCGGCCCAGUUUCAGUACCAGCCGCAGCAGGAUGCGAACUUUCAGCAGUUUGGGGAGCCUCAGCAGGUUGUCAUUGGAGAGCAGCAGCAGCAGCCACCUCAGGAUCAGCAACAGCAGUCGUCGUCGGGACUUCCGCCGUUGCAGUCGCUGCACAAAGAUUUGGCCAUCUCGGAUAGCGACGACGAGCAGAACAAUCUGCAGAUGGACAUCUUCAACAAUGGUAACGAGAAUGAGAAUGAUGACGAUGGUGGGGAUUUGUGGUUUUAAGGUAAGAUUGAUGAUUGGUUAUCUCCGUUUUCAUAGUGUAUGAAGCAAAAUAUACAAUAUUUUAAGUA